CCAGAAUACAACAAGGCAGAAGAAGAAGAAGAACAAGAUGUCUUUUCUCGCUAUCGAAGGCCUCCAUGCCUUUGUGACAGGAGCGCAAGGCGGGAUUGGAAGCGCUAUUGUGAAAGAACUCGUUGCCGCCGGCUGCAAAGUAACAGCUCACGACCUACGCCCUCCCCCUCCCCCUCCAAAAGAAGAAGCAGAAAAAGAACCCCAAACUCUCCCUCCCCCCAUCUUCCACCUCCAAGGAGACAUUUCCAGCGAAACCUCCAUUUCCCAAUCCAUCGAGCAAGCAAUUUCGCAUUUCGGCCCCAUCAACAUCCUCUGCGUCAACGCCGGAAUCACCAACGAACAAUCCCACUCCUACAUCUGGGACAUGCCCCUCGAGACGUGGGAAGACGUAUAUCGCGUAAAUGUGCGAGGCAGUUUUUUGACUGUGAAGUAUUUUUUGCGGGCGGCGAUUGCUGCGCAAGAAGAAGAAAACCAAGAAAAAGAAGGGGGAAAAGAAAGGGAAUUGCAAAAUUUGGCAAUUGUCGUAACGGGAUCCGAAUGUGGAAAAUUCGGUCAAGCAGGUCAUGUGGAGUAUGCAUCUGGAAAAGCAGGGUUACAAUAUGGACUUGUUCCGACGGUCAAGAACGAGAUUGUGAAAAUAAAUUCUCGAGGAAGGAUCAAUGCGGUAGCGCCUGGGUGGGUGAAUACCGAAUUGAUAGGAGAUCGAUUGGAUGAUGCGAGGGAAUUGUAUUGGGAAGCGCAAGGGACAGCGGCGUUGAAGAAAAUUGCUCAACCAGAGGAUGUGGCGAGGACGGUGGUGUUUCUUGCUAGUCACAGGGCGAGUGGCCAUAUUAGUGGACAGUGUAUCAGUGUGGAUGGGGGUAUGGAGGGACGUGUGCUUUGGAGAGAGGAAGAGCAAGGAAGAAUGUCCACCUCAACAACAACAACAACAACUCAUCCACCCAAACCCAAAAUCCAAAUCGCCUGGAGCAUCGACUUCGACGCCGUCAGCGGCUGGCUCGGCACGGGACAACACGAGAAAACUACCACUGCCGACUACUCCGCAGGCUACUUCAGCGCCACGACAGGCGUGCCCCGACUGCUCCGACUGUUCGAGAAACUCGACAUCUCUGACAAAGUCACCUGGUGCAUCCCAGGCCACUCCAUUGAGACCUUUCCCGAGCAGACUCAAGCCAUUGUGGCCAGUGGAGCAGAAAUCGCCUUGCAUGGCUACGCGCACGAAUCCGCGGCGCAAAUGACGGCGGAGCAGGAAGAGGAUGUCUUGAAGAAAUGUAUUGCGCUCGUGGAGAAGGUGACGGGGGGAAAGCGUCCGGUGGGCUAUCGUGCUCCGCUGUAUCAGAUGCAAGAGCGCACGAUUGCCUUGUUGCAGCGAUAUGAUUUUGCGUGGGAUUCUUCUCUGAGUCACUUUGACAGUGUUCCCUAUUUUCUCCCUCGGGAUCCACCACCCAUGUGCACGAUUGCUUUCCAGCCGGAAGCGAAUGCGGUGGAUUGGAUGGUUCCGAGCCCGAAUUUUACGGAGCUGCUGCCGAAGAGCGCCGUGGUAGAAAUUCCUGUGAAUUGGUAUGCGGAGGAUAUGACGCCUUUGCAAUUCUAUCCCAAUGUGGCGAAUUCGGCGGGAUAUGUGGAUGUGAGAGUGGUGGAGAAUAUGUGGAAGGAUCGAUUCGAGUGGCUCCGGAGUGAGAUUGCGGACGGGAGAAAUGAUACGGUGGUGUUUAGUAUUAUAAUUCAUCCGGACACGAGUGGCAUGGCGCAUGUAAUUGGGAUGAUUGAGAGGUUCUUGAAAUGGCUGCAGAGCUUUGGUGACGAGGUCGAGUUCUUGACAUAUGGCCAGAUUGCUGAGCAAUGGCGAGCCAGUCAGAACUGAGGUUGCCCACUGAUGGGAAUUCCAUAUAUUGCACUCAUUCUGCGUGGAAGAGGCUGAUCAUCGAAUCCGCUUGGAGACGGGCUGAGGCGGGCCCAGCCAGCAUCCAGCGUCCACGCGUCUUCGUGAAGGCCGAAGAAUGCUGUCGUACCUUGAGAGGAGAGAGGUAAGGAGGUAUCUCUGCUUCUUGGAUGCCUUCCAUUGGUGUGUUCCACGAUACGGAGGCGGAAGGCAUCUGCUACUGCAGUCGGUACUCGUUGGCCCGGACGCUACCUCACUACCAAAAUCAGCUCGUGAUAUUACUUCCCC